CUGACUCAACAUUAGAAGAGACUUUCAUCUUGUGAGAGAAGAAGUCAAUCUUGAUUAUUUUUUCUUAAAAAUAAUGGGCCCAUUGGAUUUCUAACAAAAAUAGACGAAAUAAAGUGAAUUUUGGAGUCUUCACUUAAGACAGGUAAAUGGCAAACUGUUUCUGUCACUGGCGCAGAGCACUGAUCUGUGUGUGCACACCCUUCAUCUCCCUGGCACUGCUGCUAGUUUACAUUAUGGUCAUGUUGUGUACUGCCAUAAGUUCAGUACCUGGGACAAUGCCGCAAAAUCCUCACUUUGUUGCCCCAGGGACUUUCAAGAAUGAAAGCUACGCCCCACUCCCUAAAAGUUUCUGGGAUACCAACCUGCCUGGUCAAGCCAUAUGGAACCGCCUCCAGCUGACCAUUGAACGCCGUUUCAACCCCAUCCUCCGCCCUAACAAACGCAUGAGGGGAUUUAAAAAUAGUAUUUGUAAUGAGUCCAUACUGAAGAAUGUUUACUCUGAAGUUACCGACGCAAACAAAAAUGAUGACAAUCUACCACAGCAGAUAAAAGAUUUUCAAAGAUAUAUGCACAGGAGAGACUACCCAUUGCUCCUCCAGCCAGAUGGAGUAUGUGGAGCCGGAGCACAGGAUGAGAAGGAGCCCCCACUUCUUCUUCUGGCUAUCAAGUCAACACUGCUGAAUUUUAAGAACCGGCAUGUCAUUCGACAGACAUGGGGCCAGGGAGGAUGGGUAGAUGGACACAAGAGAAACAGCAAUGGUGGAGGGUACGUCCGCAGGGUCUUCCUGCUAGGCAAGGAAAAUACAGAUGAGCUGGGUGUGGAUCUAUCUGAGAUACUGCAGAUGGAGAGUAAACGCUAUGGAGACCUUUUGCAGUGGGACUUUAGGGACACAUUUUUCAACCUCACCUUGAAAGAUGUGCUGUUCUGGAAGUGGUUCUCAAGCUCGUGCGGCCAGACUAGCUUUGUGUUUAAAGGGGAUGACGAUGUCUUUGUUAACACCCCAAAUAUGUUGAGCUACCUAAAGGGUGAGAUAAAGAAGCUACAAGCACAUGAGACAAUGAAAGGCUUUAUGGUUGGCGAUGUCAUAGUUUCAGCGUUACCCAACCGAGCCAACAAGUCUAAGUACUAUGUCCCAGAAAGCUUCUUCAAGGGCCAGUAUCCUAGCUAUGCAGGUGGUGGAGGGGUGGUGUACUCAGGCCUAUUGGCCAAACGCCUACAUGAUGUGUCUGAAAGGGUUACCCUGUAUCCCAUUGAUGACGUUUAUGUGGGAAUGUGUAUGGUUAGACUAAAUGCUGGUCCAGUCCACCACCCCGCCUUCCUUACGUUUGAUUUUCGUGGAAAGGAGGAAGACCAACUAUGUUCGUAUCAUGGAAUCCUGUUGGUCCACAGACGACUCCCCAACCAAGUAUUAAAACUGUGGGCCAACAUGAAACAAACAGAGGCACAGUGUUUGGAUAUGCCCCUGAGAGGAGCUGAUAGAAGAAACACAACAGCUGUAAGCUAAUCCUCCAUUUCUCUAUAUUAAAGAUUCUCUAAAGCUUUUGUUGAUCUGUCAUGAAGAGGUGACACUGUAUUACGCUGUAUUUAUUUACUGCAGGCAUCCAUGUUCUGGGGCUAUAUUUAAUUAUCUUAGACACUGUGAAAACCCUGAGGUCCAUCAACAUACCAACAGACGGAUCAAUAUUAAAAAUGAUUGUUUGAAAAUUCACUACAAAUAAGAAAUAUAAUUGGAAAUAACAAUUAUUAGUAUUCGCAUUAUAUACAAAUAAUCUGUUUUGAUUAGAUUAAAGCAUUAUCAUUGAUGUUAUGUCUUUUCUAAAUUUAGCCAAGCUUGCUAACAUUUGCUACACCAGCCAAAGUAUGCAGAUGGGAGAUGUUAUCCUUUCUGGAAAAAGGGUUUAGGCAAUCAAACUAUUUUGUUGAAUAUAAAUAAUAAAACACAUUAAGAAUCAUGGUUCGGGUAAAACUGGACCCUUUCUGGCACUGAUGGCUAACUUCAGCCAUUAGCUAAGCCUAAGCUUGUGGUCAUAUCAGAUAAUGUGAGGUUGAAGUAGCAAAACAACCAUGUGUAUUCUAGAGAGCAAUGUUUUAUUUCCUGUGAAUUCAUAUUGUUGGUAAGCAGAACAAUGUGUUAGCUUUUCCUAAAAAAUGUAUACAGUAGUCUUGUUUUAAAGGUCCCCUAUUAUGCAAAAUGCACUUUUUGAUGUCUUUUAUACAUAAAUAUGU